AUGGAGUCAAAACUUGGCGAAUUAGCUGGAAAAUUCAAAGCUUUAAACUUUGUAGUGGGGAAUAUGGACGAUAUUUUGACUGCGCAAGAGAAAGAACCAUUAAAACGUAAGGAAAUAUCUAUCUCAAAGAAAAUUAACGCGAUUUAUGCGCUUCAAGAGGAAAUCAAGGAACUUAAAUUUAUACAAAAGGACAGCGAAGAAAAUGUACGUGCGUGGGCUAAUGACUGUGAGACUAAAUUAAAUGAAGCCAAAUCGAAAGUUGAAAAUAUUAAACGUGUGUUAGUAGAAAUAGAAGAAGAGGAAAUACUUGCUAAACGUGAAAAGGACGAAGCGAAUUUACUUAUGGCUAUUGACGCUGAAACCGAGAAACAAUUAGCGAUCGAAAAGGCAAGACUAGAACUGAAACGAGUUCACAAGGAGGCGGAACGUCAGUGCGAGUUGGAGCACCAAGAUCGGAUUCUACAGCAGAAAAUGAAAUUCCAGAAAUCAUCGAUGGAAAAAUCCAAAGAGGUAAAAAAUAUUAAAUUACCUAAAUUAGCAAUAACGAAAUUUGGCGGUAAAUUUUCUGAUUGGCUUCCACUUUGGAACACUUUUGAAGCUGAGAUAGACUCAGUCGACCUACCCUCAGUUUCAAAGUUUGGUUAUCUAAAAGAAUUAUUAGAACCAAAAGUACGAGUAGAUAUUGAUGGGUUACCCUUUACGACUGAAGGAUAUGAGAGAGCCAAGAAUGUAUUAAAGAGCGAGUACGGAAAAUCCAGCGAGAUUAUCAAUGCUCACAUUCAAAAUAUUAUGGGCCUACCUGUUAUAACUGGAUCGAGUCCAGCGAAAGUGCAUGAGUUUUACAAAACACUUUCUCAUAACAUUCAGUCGUUAGAAACAUUGGGGAAAAUAGAGAGGGUCAAUGGUACAACGAGAAAUGUAUUGGAUAAACUAAAGGGAAUUAAAGCUGACCUAGUUCGGGGGGAAGAAGGGUGGCAAGACUGGGACCUCCCGCGGUUAGUAGUGGCGUUGAAAAAGUGGAAAAAUGUUAAUCCAAUUGAGAAUAAUUAUCAAGAUAAUAACAAAUCAUCACCACCAAAACGGUUUGGACCACGAUCUGAUUUUUAUCAUACAAAGGACGGUGAUCGAAAAAAGCGAGUUUGUGUUUAUUGUGAAGAUAGUAGCCAUUUGUCAAAAAGUUGUCCGAAAAUGUCCUCAGUUUCAGCCCAAAAGAAAUUUCUCGCCGAGCGUAGACUUUGUUUUAACUGUGCUGGUGCAAAACAUCGUGCAUCAGACUGCAAAAGUACCUUAAAUUGUCAACUUUGUAACCAGAAACAUCACACCUCUAUUUGCACGAAAGAACAACAGCCAUUACUAACCACCACUGAAAGUAGUGAUAUACCGUUAGCUUACCCAGUAGUUGUUGUGAAUGUUGAAGGUGUGAAAUGUCGCGCGCUUCUAGACACAGGAGCAGGUUGAUAAGUUGAAAGUUGAUAAGUCCGAACUUUUGAACGUUGAUAACCCACACUACCAACAACUAAUCGCCAAGUAACCACAUCUCGAAGGCGUGACCAUGGAUGACAAGGACCAAAAGCCCAAGCUUCCAAUCCAUCUCAUUCUCGGAGCAAGCGACACCCAUGAGACUGGCCGAUUUUCCCAAAACGUUUGGUAUGGACGAGCUGGUAAAGGGAUACUUUCCCCACUUGUUCAAUAGAAAGGAAAAUCGUAAUUACAUCGGACCCCUUCCACCUAGUCCAUAUUAUCACCCCAGCGGGAUGAGUCCAUCGGACAGGGAAAAGUUUAUGGAAUGGCAUGGCAACUUGGUAGCGAAUAAUUAUGUAUUCAAUUUUCAGGAGGAAAUUUUAACGUACUGUCGAUCGGACGUGGAUAUUUUGCGUCGCUGUUGCCUUGAAUUUUGCGAAUUAUUCCGUGAUAUUACGAACAUUGAUCCGUUCGAGAAGUGUCUUACGAUAGCGUCGGCAACAGCCUUGAAUUUCGCGAAUUAUUCCGUGAUAUUACGAACAUUGAUCCGUUCGAGAAGUGUCUUACGAUAGUGUCGGCAUGUAACCUUGUGUUCCGGACGAAUUUCCUGAGAGAGAAUACCAUUGCUAUCCUGCCUCCUCAUGGUUAUCAUCCCGGAACAAAGCAAUCGAAUAUUGCUUUGAAAUGGUUAUCGUAUACUGCCGAAAGGAAUGAUGUUUACAUUCGUCACAAGCGCAAUGGUGGAGAAAAAACGGUUGGACACUAUUCCCUGGAUGGUUACGAUGAGGAAACGCGGACAGCGUACAAAUUUCACGGCUGUUUCUGGCACGGUAAGUGCUCCUUUCUCCCGUUUAAAGGGGAAACUAAUCGCGAUUUUUUUCUAGGGACUCUUUUCCCAUGGUAAGGAAAAAAGGGUACUUGUUUAAGCGGUUAUGCAUUUCUUUUGCAGGGUGCUUAAACUGUUAUGCCAGGGAUACGGUGAACAGUGUAAAUGGAAAACGAUGCACAAUCUUUAUCAGGCUACUGUGCAAAAGACCGAAUACCUUAGGGAGCACGGUUUUAAUGUUAUUGAAAUGUGGGAAUGUGAAAUCAAUCGGGAACUAGGGUGCAAUGAAGACAUGCGGGGGUACUUUAAUGAUUACGAUAUUACGGAUCCCCUGGAACCGUGUCAUGAAUUCUAUGGUGGACGAACCAAUGCAACGAAGCUUUUCCACGAAUGCAAGGAGGGUGAGGAGAUAAGGUAUGUUCCGGGAAAUGUGCGCAGCACCGGGGCGUAGGACUGCAAGCAGUUAAAUAUUCUUUUUCCCUUUUUUGUCUUUUUCUUGUCCAGAUACACCGACUUUACUAGCUUGUAUCCAUGGUGUAAUAAAAUGACACGGACAGUGAUUGGUCACCCUCGUAUUAUUACCGAGAAUUUUGAUGAUAUUUCCUCGUAUUUCGGGCUGAUCAAGUGUACUGUGCUUCCUCCACGGGGACUAUUCCAUCCCGUCCUACCCUACCGUACCCAGGGUAAACUAAUGUUUCCCCUGUGCAGGUCGUGUGCAGACGCGUGUGCCCUGACACUGUGUACUCAUUCCGAGGGCGAGAGGUCCAUUCGGGGAACAUGGUGUAGUGUCGAGUUAGAAAAGGCUAGGGAAAAGGGUUACCGUAUUAUGCAAGUGCACGAGGUGUGGCAUUUUCCUGAAACGUCCGACAAAUUAUUCAAGGAUUAUGUAAAUACUUUUCUAAAGAUCAAGCAGGAAUCCAGCGGCUACCCUGGGAAUUGUGUCACCGGGGAGCAGAAACAACGGUACGUCGACGAGUACCUGGAUGUCGAGGGAAUACAAUUGGACAGGGAAAAGAUCGAGUACAAUCCCGGUAUGCGAGCAUUGGCCAAAUUAAUGUUGAAUUCAUUCUGGGGUACGUAUAUUAUUUACUGUGCGUGCGGGCCACGCAGUAGCUCCCGUUUUUUAACAGGUGUUUACAUUGUACCCCUUUUCUCUUUUAGGUAAAUUCGCACAGAGAUGCAAUAUGACCAAGGUGGAAUUGGUAAAAGAUCCUAGAACGUAUUUCGAUUACUUAACAUCGGACGAAAUCAAGGUCCUUAAUGCAAGGUUUGUGAGUGACGAAAUGGUUGAAAUUCACUAUGAAUAUAAUGACAACUUCGUGGAACCCGACGCAAAGACCAAUGUAGUCAUCGCUGCCUUUACCACAGCGUACGCUCGUCUUAAAUUGUAUGACGUGCUGGACCAGCUCCAGGAACGGGUAUUGUAUUACGAUACGGAUUCGGUGAUCUUUGUGAGUAGACCUGGCGAACCCGAACCUCCCUUGGGCCCUUAUCUGGGUCAAUUAACUAAUGAACUAAAGGAGGGUUACAUUACGACCCUUGUUUCCAGGGGACCAAAGAAUUACUGUUAUAAAACCAGCACGGGUAAAGUGGAGACGAAAGUACGGGGAAUUACACUGAAUUGCUCGGCACAGCAAAAGGUAAAUUUCGAUGUUAUUCAAUCGCUGGUGUACCUUCACGCCAGAUGCAAUGUUACAGGAAAAGUUACGGUUGACAUUCCAUUAAAGAUAAUCAGGAAUGCAAGGGAGAAAAACAUUGAAACGAAACGCAUGAAAAAGGACUAUAAAAUAGUUUAUGAUAAACGUUUAAUUGUAGAUGACUACAAAACAAUACCGUAUGGGUAUUAA